UGAGAAACGCAUAUACAGAGAGAGUGAGACGCGUAUACAGAGAAAGAGAGAGAGCGCGCGAGAGAGAGAGAGAGUGAGAGAGAGAGAGUGAGAGAGAGAGAGAGACGCGAAUCCACCGAGCAGGAGAAAGUAUUCUUGGAAAGGAAUUCCAAAUGGAUGGGAUGAAACCAGCCAUGGAGUCGACGGCCGAGGAGAACCCCGAUGAGAGGGAGGAGAGCAAAGGUUGCUUGGACUGCUGCAUUAAGUGUCUGGGUGGGGUGCCAUAUGCCUCAUUGGUGGCCACCAUCCUGUGCUUCUCGGGAGUGGCGCUGUUCUGUGGCUGUGGGCAUGUGGCACUGACAGGCACUGUGACUAUGCUGGAGAACCACUUCUCUCGCAUCACAUCAGACCAUGCCACCCUCAUCGAUGUUGUUCAGAUUCUGCAGUACAUCAUUUACGGCAUCGCCUCUUUCUUCUUCCUCUAUGGCAUCAUCCUGUUGGCUGAGGGCUUCUACACGACCAGCGCCGUGAAAGAGAUGCACAGCGAAUUUAAGACCACUGUGUGCGGCCGCUGCAUCAGUGCCAUGUUUGUGUUCCUGACCUACAUCCUGGGCUUGGCAUGGCUGGGCAUCUUCGGCUUUUCCGCGGUGCCUGUCUUCCUUUUCUACAACAUGUGGACCACGUGCGCCGCCAUGAAGUCUCCCAUCGCCAACCUCACCUCUGUGGACAACAUCUGUGUGGACGUGAGGCAGUACGGAGUCAUUCCCUGGAAUGCCGAUCCUGGUAAGGCAUGUGGACAAACCUUGGCUGACAUCUGUAACACCAGUGAGUUCUAUUUGUCCUACCAUCUGUACAUUGUUGCGUGUGCUGGAGCUGGAGCCACUGUGAUUGCACUGAUCCACUAUCUUAUGAUCCUGUCGGCUAACUGGGCGUAUCUGAAGGGGGCGUGCCAGCAGACCCACGCCUACCAGGACAUCAAGACCAAGGAUGACGCUGAACUGCAAGACGUGCAGUCGCGCUCUAAGGAGGGCCUCAAUUCUUACUCAUAAACAAGGCGAAGUCACGCCACAUGCUGUGAAAAAAAGAUAUCCUUCCAAGAGAAUACAUCUUGAAUGUAGGCAAAAUAUUGACCAUUGCUGAUUAUAUCUUUAUUGUAAGAUUAUUAUGAGAUUAUUCAGUCUAUUUCUAGAUUUGUUUACCUAUUUUAAGCGAAAUGUUCACGCUGCACUGCCAGAUACUUUUGCUUAUUUUAAUAAAUAAAGCUUAAGGAAAGCAAAUCACCACUGUCAGACAAAACCUCCUAUCUUUUACAGAAGAAUAAAACGUAUUUUUCGAUUCAUUUCUCCACCAUUUCUGUAAAUCCAUUCAGCAUUAAAUUUGAAUACAAUGUAAAAUGCGCUGCCAAAUUAUGAAAAUAAAUAAAUAAAUAGAUGAAAAAUGGAGACACAAGGUUUUGUUGUCUUGACAGCAGUUUAGUAAGGUAAUUUUGCCUGAUUGCCUAAAAUAAGGUAACAUGAUCUAAGUAGGUAAAAUUAUUUUGUAAUAAUUUUACAAUAUGAGAAGUGGCAAAUAUAUUGCCUACAUUCAGGAUAUUUUCUCUUGCCAACAUAUAUAUUUUUUUCCAGCGCAGAUCGACUUAACCUUCCUUUUAACCCCACAAUCUAACACACAUACACACACAGAAAUACAAUACAGUGCUAACUAACUUGGCCUAGUAGUGCGCCGCAACAACAGUGCGUUAAAACAAUACAGUUAUAAGCAGUUACGACCACGGUAUGACAUUGAUUAUUGGUUUUAUGUAAAAGUGAUAAGAAAUGACAGAAUCCAUUUUGCUGAUUGUGUAGUUAAUGAUGAUAUAGAUGUGUUUUAUUCGAUGUUGGUAAGGUUGUAUGAAAAUGCAUGUGUAAUUAUUUCAGUGCUCGUUGCUAAUGUCUUAAAAAAAUAUAUAUAUUGAAAGUGCUGAGUCGUGCUUGUAACUGGGUUGUCUCUGGCUUCAUGACGCACUGUUGGAGUAAAGCACUACCUCACAGCUGUUACUGUCUGCACUAACACGAUACAGACAUUUUGCAGGAACUUCCUUUUUUGGUGUUUUAUACAUAUAUAAAUAUAUAUAAAUGUGUGAAAGUGUAUGAAUGUUGUUGGUUUUUUUAAUACUUAACGUAUGCCAGGUUUAAUAUGAUAUUUCUCUGGUCUCUUUCUCUCUCUUUCUUGGUUACCACUACUUUAGUUUUUUUCCAAACUGCUUUUUUUGUAUUACUAACCUUCUUUAUUUUUCUUUUUUUAUACUGGUACUUGAUACAUUGCACUAUUCUAAAAUGGCAAGACGAUAAACAUUCACAUUGUAGAAUUUCUCUAAAAAGUGUGGAUAUCUUGGUAAAUUAAGUUGUUUUUAAUCGUAACCCAAGUAAAACGACGAAGGAAAGUGAACUAUGAAUGGAAAGUGAAUAAUUCUACACUGAAAAAACAGUUCUUUGAGUUUGGUAGAGUGAAGCUUGUACAUCAGUUGCACAUGAAUAAAAUCAAUAUUUAAAAACUGGAUAGAACUGGUUCUAAAAUCUGAGGUUCGAAGCUGGUGUAAAAUACAUCCACAUAUGGCUGCACAUCAUCAACUGAAUUCUGUAUUAAUGCACCAAGUUAUUCUAUUGCUUGGCAGCCAUAGCCUGUACUGUGUAUCAGCAGAGUUGUUUACUGUGAUUAAUAUCAAUAGGAGCCUAAAUUAAAUUACCUAAUAAUUCUCAAAUUGUCAUAUUUUAACAAAAGCUCCUAACACAGAAUCAUGGUAACAUGUGAGCUCUUGGCUUAUUGAUUUAUUACAGUGCAUAUUACAUAAUUAUUGCCAAGUAAUUAGUAGUUAGUAAAUAUUUUAUGUAUUUACAUAGUUUAGGCAAUGAUAUAUUUUAUUCAUGUGAAACUGAUAUAUACACAAAAAAAUAGGGCACUGGCUUCUUUGUGUAAUAUUGUAGUAUUAACAUUGUGACAAAACAUUGGAAUUUAUGUUGAUAAAGUAAUUAAUAUUAAAUCGGAAGGAGAAAUAAUAAUAUAAGCUCCAUAAACAGCGUCAUAAUCAGAUUACUUAGAACUGUAUGAAGUAUUAAAUUCUCAGUGGAAACAAAAGAUCUUAGAGGCACAGAGAGCAUUUAACUAUUCCUCAUUUCUCCUCGGUUGUAGAUGUUCUUCGAGGGGCAAUGAACGUUUCUUCUUUUAGUGGUCCACACACAAAUUCUUAAAGCAAUGAGACUGCACUGAAUUUACCUGAUUCAGAUGUGUACAUCAUUUCCACAUGAAUACGAUCUAUUACAUUAAACCAGUUAUUGCCAAAAAAGGUGAAAGACGAAUCAUCGGUAAAGUCAACGUGAAACAUUUUCUCUUGGGGGAGUUUAAGCUUUUAAUUGGUUUCUAUGGUUUUGUUCUGCCCACUGGUGCAGAAUGAUGCAAUCAAAAAACGGGAUUUUUAGUGAUGAGCAAAAAAAUCAGUACAAUUUAAUCGCAGAUUUAAAAAAGGUGAAUUUUCAUUCCAGUAUGACUUUAAUGUAAUAUAUAUGUUGUGGAAAUGAUACUGAAACAAUUCAAUUCGGUGCAUCAUUUUAUCAGAACUGUUCAAAAAAAGGAUCUCCAACAGAUUAUUAAAAAUACAUUCAGCUUUGUUUAUAUACAUGCUUUCAAUACUGGUGGAUUAUUUUUUGCUGUCUUCUUGUGGAACCUUCUCAUGGCUGGCUUGAUGAUAUUUACCGAGAGUUUUUCUGUGAGUUGAUCAGUGAUUUCCUUCAGUAUGUGGAUAUGUGUUAUCCCGAGACUGCCACGUAAAAAAGACAUGAUA